AUGUUCGGGGUACUGUAUUUAACAAUUCUUUUAUGCGCAAUAUGUUUCGCUAUGCCGACGUUUGAUUUAUACUCGAUGAGUGACAAUAAUGAAAUGGAAAACAUCCGAAUGAAACGUUCUGGAUUUCUUGGUGGCUACAAUCCAUAUUCAUAUAGUGAACCAUACGUGUACAAAAUUAAAACUCCAAAUUACAAGAUUAAAAUUAAAAGUGGCAACCCAAGCAAUAUCGGUCAACCGCCACACGGGAUCCCCAAUACUAUCCAUCCUCCGUAUGGUGCCGGUGCAUUCCAUCCAUUACCUAACUUACCUUAUGGCUAUCAUCACAGUCCUUAUGGAUAUGGAUAUGGAUGGCAUGGAUAG